UUUUUGUUGAUGGGUGCCAUAACCUCAUUACCUUCUGUCACUUGCUGAGGCGAAUGAGAUAUCUGUCGUUCCUAAACUAUUGCAACAACAAUGAAUCACAAAGCCCAUUAUAACCUCGAGGACCUGAUUUGUUUAGUUGAGUUGACAUUUUGAUUCAGAACCAGAGACCCCACAAUGUCGUCCGUCAAAGUAGCAGUUAGGGUUCGACCCUUUAACAAUAGGGAGAUAGCCCGAGAGAGCAAAUGUAUCAUUGAUAUGACUGGAAAUACUACAACUAUUUCCAAUCCCAAAAUUAAUGAUGCCAACAAAAACUUCAACUUUGACUAUUCAUACUGGUCACACACUGAUGAAUCUGAUCCUAGUUUUGCAACCCAGAAAAUGGUUUACCAGGAUAUUGGAGAGGAAAUGCUUGAACAUGCAUUUGAAGGUUACAACGUCUGUAUAUUUGCCUAUGGACAAACUGGUGCAGGGAAAUCAUUCACCAUGAUGGGUAAACAAGAGGAAGGGCAAGAGGGAAUUAUUCCCCAGAUUUGUCAAGAUUUGUUCACUCGUAUUCAGGAUACCACCUCCGAGUCCCUUCAUUACUCAGUGGAGGUCAGUUACAUGGAAAUAUACUGUGAACGUGUAAGAGACCUUCUUAAUCCCAAAAAUAAAGGAAAUUUACGGGUUCGUGAACAUCCACUCCUUGGACCCUACGUUGAAGAUCUUUCCAAAUUGGCAGUGACAAGUUAUCAAGACAUUCAUGAUCUGAUCGAUGAAGGGAAUAAAGCCAGAACUGUUGCUGCCACAAACAUGAAUGAAACAUCAAGUCGCUCCCACGCUGUUUUCACAAUUGUAUUCACCCAGCUACGUCAUGAUGAAAUGACAAACCUGUCUACAGAAAAAGUCAGCAAAAUAUCCCUUGUAGAUUUGGCUGGGUCUGAAAGAGCAGAUUCUACUGGAGCAAAAGGAACCCGCUUGAAAGAAGGUGCAAACAUCAACAAAUCUUUAACAACUUUGGGAAAAGUCAUAUCAGCAUUGGCUGAAGUGUCGGUCACUAAGAAAAAGAAGAAAGCUGAUUUUAUUCCAUACAGAGAUUCUGUACUGACGUGGCUUCUCAGAGAAAAUCUUGGUGGAAAUUCAAAAACAGCUAUGAUAGCAGCCAUUAGUCCAGCUGACAUUAAUUAUGAUGAAACUUUAUCAACUUUGAGAUAUGCUGAUCGUGCUAAACAGAUUGUGUGCAAAGCUGUGGUUAAUGAGGAUGCUAAUGCUAAACUCAUUCGAGAACUCAAGGAAGAGAUACAGAGGCUUCGUGAUCUACUCAAACAAGAAGGCAUUGAAGUCCAAGAAGAGGAUGGUGGAGGUAUGCGGAUGAAGGUGUCUGAAGGUGGACGUCCCCGUAUCACUUCAGGUUCCAGCAUUGCUGAGGAUGCAGUUGAUCAGCUGCAAGCAAGUGAAAAAUUGAUAGCAGAGUUAAAUGAAACAUGGGAGGAGAAAUUAAAACGCACAGAAGCAAUUCGUCUUCAGCGAGAAGCAGUGUUUGCAGAAAUGGGAGUGGCUGUCAAAGAAGAUGGAAUAACUGUUGGUGUCUUUUCCCCUAAAAAGACUCCGCAUUUGGUGAACCUGAAUGAAGACCCAUUUAUGUCAGAAUGUCUCAUAUAUUACAUUAAAGAUGGUGUAACUCGUGUUGGAUCUUGUGAUGCUAAUAUACCCCAGGAUAUUCAUCUCUCAGGAUCCUUCAUUCAAAGUGAACAUUGUGUGUUUGAAAAUGUGAAUGGUGUAGUGACUCUGAGGCCUAAAAACGAAGCUCUUUGUUAUGUCAAUGGAAGAGAAAUUAACACAGCUAUUGUUCUGAGGACCGGCUCUAGAGUUAUUUUAGGAAAGAAUCAUGUCUUCCGGUUUAACCACCCUGACCAAGUGAGGGAGCAGCGCAAAUCUUGUGUACUGGAUCCACCAGAAAACGAGCUUGAUCCUCAAGGAAAUCAGCAGAGUGCCAAAAUCUCACCUGCUGAGACUCCAAGUGCCAAUGAAACUGUAGAUUGGGAUUUCGCUCAAGUAGAACUGCUAGAAAAGCAAGGUAUUGAUCUGAAGGCAGAAAUGGAUAAACGGUUGAUGGCUCUUGAGGAACAAUUCCGCAAGGAGAAACAGGAAGCAGACAAUAUAUUUGAGGAGCAACGGAAAAAUUAUGAAGCUCGUAUUGACGCUUUACAGAAACAAGUUGAAGAACAGAGUAUGACUAUGUCUAUGUACAGCUCUUACACUCCUGAGGAUUUUAAUGCUGAAGAAGACAUUUUUGUCAACCCCUUGUUUGACGCAGAAUGCAACUGGACUGAACGUGAGUUCCAGCUUGCUGCUUGGGGUUACCGGAAAUGGAAGUAUCAUCAAUUUACCUCUCUACGUGAUGAUCUUUGGGGUAAUGCUGUCUUCUUGAAAGAGGCAAAUGCAAUUUCGGUUGAGCUGAAGAAGAAGGUGCAGUUCCAGUUUACAUUACUGACAGACACGCUUUACUCUCCGUUACCCCCUGAUCUACUCCCUUCUGCUCUUCUUGAUGAUGAUGAUGAAGAAAGACCAUACCCAAGAACAGUUGUUGCUGUUGAAGUUCUUGAUACAAAGAAUGGUGCAACCCACUACUGGACACUGGACAAAUUAAGACUCCGAUUGGAACUGAUGCGCCAAAUUUACAAUGAAGAUCUUAGCCCAGGCACACCUGAUCAAGGCAAAGAAGACUUUUUCCAAUGCUUCUCACCAUGUUCAUAUCAGAAGCCCUUAUCCAUCUUGUUGCCAUCGAGGCAACGACUUGAAUUAAUGAGAGAGAUGUACCAUAAUGAAGCUGAGCUGUCACCCACUUCUCCUGACUACAACAUUGAGUCUCUCACAGGUGGAGAUCCAUUUUACGACAGAUUUCCUUGGUUUAGAAUGGUUGGAAGAGCAUUUGUUUAUCUUAGCAAUUUGAUGUAUCCUGUUCCUCUAAUUCAUAAAGUUGCAAUUGUGAAUGAGAAAGGUGAUGUUAAAGGCUUCCUAAGAGUUGCUGUGCAGGCUGUCAUAGAUGAAGAAAGCAGUGAACAUGCUAGUGGUGUAAGACAAUCAGCUCGCAUAAAUUUUGAUGAUGAUUUAAUCGUUAGUGGAAAGCGUUACCAAAGCAAAAAUGCAUUCCUUGCAAAUACCAAAGAGCGCUUGGAGGAGCGUUUUGUUGAAGGUCAUGAUGGCAGAAGUGAAGAAAUAUCCGAGAUACCUACAGAUGGUGACAAUGGUGUGGAAACUACACUUCUACCUGAAGCAAAAGAUGAUGGCACACCAGACCACCUACUUGUAGGCAAAGAAUUUACAUUCCGAGUAACUAUUUUACAAGCUGUUGGCAUAAGCACUGAAUAUGCAGACAUUUUUUGCCAGUUCAAUUUCCUGCAUCGGCAUGAUGAAGCUUUCUCAACUGAACCUGUAAAGAAUACUGGUAAAGGAGCUCCUCUUGGUUUUUACCAUGUUCAAAAUAUAACUGUAAGCACAACAAAAUCGUUCGUGGACUACAUUAAAACCCAGCCACUUGUAUUUGAAGUAUUUGGUCACUAUCAGCAACAUCCUCUUCAUCGAGAUGCGAAACAAGAUAGUCAUGGUGUACGAGUACCUCCCAAAAGAAUGCAGCCUCCUUCCAUUCCUAUUAGUCCACCUGUCCGUUCAACAAAAUAUGGCAUAACACCUGCACCUUGUACCAGUCACAUUCAUUCUAAAUAUGAUGUACUGGUGUGGUUUGAGAUAUGUGAACUUGGUCCCAAUGGUGAGUAUGUGCCGACAGUAGUUGAUCACAGCGAUGAACUCCCUUGUCGCGGACUUUUCCUCCUUCAUCAAGGCAUUCAGCGACGUAUACGUGUCACAAUUGUCCAUGAAAUGGCAAAUGAGCUUCGUUGGCGUGAUGUCAGAGAACUUGUUGUUGGGCGAAUACGUAAUACACCAGAACCUGAAGAAGAAGAUAGUGAUAGCUCUGUACUCUCUCUUGGAUUGUUCCCGGGAGAAUACCUGGAACUGCCUGGUGAAGAUCGCUGUGUAUUCCGUUUUGAAGCAGCAUGGGAUAGCUCUUUACACAAUUCUCCCUUGUUAAACCGUGUGACUCCUUAUGGUGAACAUAUAUUCCUUACUAUAUCUGCAUACAUGGAGCUGGAAAACUGUGGAAGACCUGCUAUAAUCACCAAAGAUUUGAGUAUGGUAAUUUAUGGGCGAGAUGCUCGUACAGGACCAAGGUCGUUGAAACACCUAUUCACGGGAAAUUACCGAAAUUCCGAAGCAAAUCGGCUGACGGGUGUCUAUGAACUGUUGCUGAGAAGAGCUUCUGAUGCAGGUAGCCCAGGCGUCCAACGGAGACAGCGCCGUGUGCUCGACACCAGCAUGACCUAUGUCAGGGGUGAAGAGAAUUUGCAUGGCUGGAGGCCUAGAGGUGAUUCACUAAUUUUUGACCACCAGUGGGAAUUAGAAAAAUUAACAAGGCUAGAAGAAGUGGAGAAAAUGCGCCACCUUCUGCUGCUGCGUGAAAGACUUGGAAUUGAUCGAGCUCAACCAGCACAUCCAAGAAUCCAUGAUUUUACAAAAUCUGAAAAGGAAGUAUGUAAUAUGGUAGCUAAAGCUAAUGCUGAGGGCCAUGCAAGCCCGGUGAAGCUAAAAAGUCCUGAUGAAUCAGUCUAUGAACCUUGGGAGAUGACUGACAAAGAAAGGGAACUAACUACAAAAUGUGUUAAGUUGAUUCAAGGAAGAAUACCAAGCAAGGAUCUACCUAUGCCCAAAAUCGACCUAUCACCUGGAGAUGAGCCAGCAGAUAUGAACUCUUACCUCACGUCAACUCCCUCUCAAGAAUUGUUUUCUCCAGACAGAACAUGCAAAGCAUUACCAGGAGCUGACUGCAGCUCAGCAAGUGACAGUCUCUAUUUGAAUGGUAUGCAAGCUCAGUCACCUACGAGUGGAGCCUCCUCCCCAUGUCGAGAUCAGUUAGUAUUAUAUGUACCAGAGAUGGAAGAGAUUCGCAUCAGUCCUGUCAUUGCUCGCAAAGGCUAUUUGAAUAUUCUGGAACAUAACACUGGAAGCUGGAAAAAGAGAUGGGUGGCUGUUCGACGACCUUAUGUAUUCAUUUUCCGUAAUGAAAAAGAUCCUGUUGAGAGAACUCUCAUAAAUCUUGCAACGGCUCAAGUUGACUUUUCAGAGGAACAGAGGGCUAAAAUUCCUAACUCGUUCAGUAUGUCAACUCAGCACCGAUCUUUUAUCAUGCAGACUUUAAGUGACAGAGAAUUGCAUGAUUGGUUAUAUGCCAUAAACCCAUUGUUAGCUGGGCAAAUCAGAUCAAAGCUAGCUCGUCGUGAGCCUGGCUAUGCUGGCAAUGGAGCUAUUCCUGGAAUGCAUAACCAUAUUCACCAACAGCAGAAUGCAGGUGCACAAGGAAAUCAAGAUGUUGCAGCUGGUGCCAACUGACAUCUUGUCUGCCACUGUAGAAUGUCCUAAGUGCUUAUAUUGCUAUGAUAUUGGUGCUGACAUUCUUUUACCAGUUGUAAAUGAUGUUAAUUGAUCUUUCGGACCACUUCCAUCGCCAAUAGGUAUAAAGUGGAACCAGCACAAAUAAUAUUUUGUGUUUUAGUCACUGUGUUCACCAACGGCUUGCAUCCACAUGGUGAACAGUGACAGCUGUAGAUGCUUGGAAACACCAAGAGUGCCAAUCGCCAUUUUACAUGUGGUAGACUUGACUGUUCUUCGUUAGGGUUUGCUUACCAUUCCCCAUGUACAUUCUAAAAAGUGCUAGCUUUCUUUAUUUUCUUUUUGUUGUUAUGUGAGAUAAGGAGAAGAUCUGGAAUAGAGCUGACUCAAGUGUAGGAUGUGAUACUUUAUUUUAUUGUUUUUAUUUUUGUAAUCACUUUUUAUAGUUUCUGUUGUGACAUUUUUCACCUCUCAGUGAUAAUUAUUUUAGUCUGGGAGCAGUGCUCUAGACUACUUGCAUCUGAUAUUUAUUUUAAUUAGUAUUUUAGCAAUAUGAAUUCCAAGCUUCAUUAUGCCAUGCUUGUAAUCUCAAUAUAUUAUUUUGUUUAAUCUUCAUUGUUGUUGUAUAUUGCAAAUGUGGUAAUUUUCAAAUUGUUUUGAAUAUUUUGUGGUUUAGAUGAAACAUCACCUUUGUUGUGAAUGCAUUUUAAUUAUUUAAAUGAAUUUAUUUGAGUGCUAAAGUCAUUUCAUUCUUUUAAAAAAAAACACGAAAAAUAUCUAUCUUUCAUACGGUCACAAGCAUUAACUGUUUUCCCCGGCAACUGCUUUUGGUUUGUUAUCUUAAGGGAACGUAUGGAAAAGUUCUUAUAGUUUUGAGAAUUUCUAAACUUGAUGAUGUAUCUUUGGAAGUGUAAUUAUUUGCCUUUCUUAUCACACAGACUUUCUAAAGAAAUAUUGAUAUUAGUAUUCUGCCAUAAAAAGCUAUAGAUUAUAAUGUGUAACUAAUAAGAUGUCUUGAGAUGAGAGCUACUGAUCCUAAUUUCUAUUGCUCUAUUGCAGUGCUGUAAUGUUUCUACUAAAAGUACUUGUCUAUUCUAGUCAUACAUGUGAAAGUAUAAUGCUUGUCUGAGCACAUAUAACAGUGUAUAGUGCACAAUUAAAUCUAAGUGAAAAAAAGAUGUGGGUACAUUUUGAGCAGUUUUAGAAGUUACUUGAGAAUAUAUGGUUGUGCUAUAAAAAUUUAUAUAACUUUAACUAUUUUCCCCGUAAAAGAUAUGAAAGCAACUAAUUUUAAGUACAGCUUAUUUGCAUCGUGCCUGAACUGGCUUCAAUUCUUUAGCGUAAGAUCUGCUUGUAAAGUUCAUUAACUGACCAAGUUUUGAGAUUUUCAAUUUGUCAUUGAUGUUGGGAAAAACUGUAUUGAUAUGUUGAUGUUUAGUUUGCAUUAAAUUCUUGAACAGAGAAGAAUUUUCACAAAUUUGAUGUAUGUGUGUACUGUACUCUGGUUUAAUUGAAAUGUAGCUCCUGGUUAUUUUGCAACCGGUAACUGAAUGAGCUGAACACAGAUUGUAGGAAUAGUCGAAAGUAAUGUGCUGGGCAAUGAUCUCUCAGAAGUCUGAGACAAGUAAGUCACCGUAUUAUUUUACACAAACUUUACAAAUUGAGUUGGAAAUUUAAAAUUGGACUGAGGUAAUUCUUCUACCAUGUUUAUAUUUGCUUGAAGUCAAAUUCUUGUUUUUCGUUUUUGUUGUUUGGAGUGUUUAGGGAGCUGAUAACAAUUGUUUAGUAUCAUUCACCUAGAAUGAAAAGUCGGAAAUCAGGAAUGAAAGGGAUGAGCCCCGUUAACCAUCACAAUUGCAUUGCUUAUAAUGUCAAGCUUGUUUAUGACUUUGUGCUGCAUAUGAGUUAUGGGUUUCUUCAUGUACUCAUAUGUGGAAACUGCACCAAUGCUGUAUAAAACUGUGCUGCACAUUUGACUAUUUAUUAACAUAUUCUACUCAAAUGUUGAUUGUGUACUUUCAAAAAUACAAAGCUGUAAAUGUACUCCUCCCAUGGAUUUUCAAAAAAAAGUGUUGGUAGCUGGGUUUGGGAUAUGUGAAAUUGUUCCAAUGAUCUGAGGAGUGAUGCCACUUGUUACAUAAAGUAAGUCCUAAUUCUUAAAAUGUUUUGUAUCUGUAAGUCCAAAUCUUUGCUUACAGCUUUUUAUAUUCAAUCAAUUUCACAUGGGAACUAUUUUUUUUUAAUUGUAUUCAAAAUUAAAGAAAUUGUUGAGUUUUAGUCUUGUGGUUGUCGCACCACAUUUUAAGACCUAAACAAUAUAGGUAGAGUUAAGUUUCUGAAAAUCUAGUCCCUAUUUUAUCACAUUGCUAUGAAUUGGUUCCAUGUUUGUAAAGCAUUUAAUGCACUCUUUGUUUCUUUAUUAUGUUGUCUCAGGCAAUCAGCUUGUGAUAGGAUGAGUAGCAGUCAGCAAUAAAGAUUUUGUAAAUCUAACAUUUUUCCAGUGAGUGUGAGUACAUAUUUUCGUACAUCUUUAAUGUUGAUUUGAAUCGAGCUGAGUUAUUUACACACCAGCUAGGUCUUUGCCUUCUUUUUGGCAUGAAUUGUGUAUUGCAUUUGUUUACAACCUCAUAUUUUUCAUGAGAAUUUCCUCUUUUUCAUGUAUUUUUUUAAAUUUUGUUUCAAGCAAGUUAUCAGUAUGUCUUAUGAUCAACUUAUCGAGUGUGUGCCUGAUUUUGGCUAGGGUGUUUGAUGAGGCGACAGUGUUAUCCUUACCUUGCUACCCACUUGGUUUAUCUUUCCUCAGCUAAUGCUUAGUAGGGUACUUCCGUAUGAUGUUCCACAACAUCAUAUAUUCCGGGAAGAUUUUUUCCAAGCUUAACAAUGAAUUAUGCAGUUGACAUUACAUUUUGCUUUCCAUGUGAUAAUAAAAUGUGUAAUUUUUCAUCCCCUU